GGUUGUGCACCAGAGGACCACAGUAGUUCUAACCUUAUCACAGGCUGUCCCUUUGUGUGAAUCCGCCCAUUCUAGGAAAUGAGGGCUUCCUGUUAUUUUAUAGAGUCUUCCUGCCGAAAGGUUGAGAUAUGUAAUCCCUACCCACCAGGGAAGACGGACAGAGCAUUGUCAGGCAAAAUGACAGCCACUAGUUUCUCACUUAUGUUUUCUGGCUGUUUUGUGACUCUUCUCAUCUUGGGGGGGUGCACAUCAGUGGUUUGUCUGGUUGAUGAAAAGUUAGCGGUGCAACCUGCCACAACAAUAGGCUAUUACUCAAAAGAGGAGAUAGUUGCCAGUGCUACUCAUGGAGACCCUAUAUUGCCAUUUGCUUGUGGGAAUAUUUCUCACAGUUGUAUGGAAUUUUGCAAACUCUGUCAUUCUUUCUUCGGUGCACCAACAUUGAAGUGCCUUUCCACUCUGCUUGAACAUCUUUGUCUCCCCAAUUUCAAUCUCGCAAUGACGUCAAUGAAUAGCACUAACCGGUGCACUUGGGGCAAUGUGAGCAACUUCUAUAGUAACCUAAGCCUUUGCACGGAGGAGAUAUCUGACUGUCUGCUGAUCCCAUGGCCGAACCAACUGGUGGAACAGACCUUUGUGAACAUCCACUCCAGGUUUUUCAAGGACUGUCCCUCAGAGGCGCUCAGUGAUCCUCCACCUGUCAUUGUCUUGGCCCUGGUGAUAACUCCCAUCUGCCUGAUCCCUCUCAUGGUGAGCCUAGUGGUGCUCAAGACCAAGAAUGGGGAUGGCAGCUCUUAAAGAUCCUAAAGGUCAGCUCUGCUCGAAGGAUAUCAUAUUUUUGACCUACGCUCACCCUCCUAUCCUAACCUGAGGACUAAAGCAAUCUUUCAAGACAAGCUUCAGAUCAACUUUCAUCUCACCAGUGACCUAGUAGAGGACUGAACCCUUCUGGGCUUCACAAUUCAAAGGACUUCUGAGAUAUACGCCACAGAGGAAACCGAGAAGAUGACACUGAUUUAGAGUGAAUGGCAUCAAAAUGAUUGAUUCUGUUGAACAAAAACCUCCCUGAUGCUGACAGAGACACACUGUGAUAAAAUCUACAUUAUAAACAAUUCUGUACCAUACUGUGAUAAACGUUUUGUGUACUCGGUAUCUGAACAUGUAUCUUUUGCUCUAAAUUUGCACACGCUCUAGAGAAAACAGAGCUAGUUUUUAAUGGAAAAACCAAGAAUUCAGGGUUGUGAUGACAAAAGCUUGGGAGCUUGCAAAAAGUAAAGUCAAAAAGUAUUUGCAUUGACACUCCGCAUAAUGUUGGACAGCAGUUGUGUUGAUAAAAGACAAUGUGAUUUUUAUUACUGAACUCUGGAGCUCUUCUCAUGCAGUUUUUCUACCCUGCUUUGAGCCACUAAUUCAAAAGUGUUCAUGUAGAGGAAAAGGGUAAUCUAUAUGUUUAAAGAAAAGAAAGGAAAAAUUAUUAUAGUGUGAUGUAUGGAUCUGGUUAUGUGAGUCACAGUAUAGACAUGGUUUGAGGUAAAAGGUUACAGAUGGGACACCAUGAGAGAUGGAGAUUUAUUUCCAACAACACUCUUCAUGACCAUGUGAUGAGCUAAUUGAAGCGUUAUCAUCAUUAACAUCUCCACUGACAGACAGACAGAUAGACGGACAGACAGACAAAUUGUCUGUGCAGUAUGGCGAUAAACACUGAAAGAAGACACAAGGAUAAAAUACUUAUCUUCCACCUGAAUCAUGUUUUGUGUGUAAUGUUCAUCUUGAAUGACGAUAAAGUCAAUGUAAUGGCUUUCAGAUUUGUGACAAAAUGUGUAUUUAUAUACUGUUUUAUAUAUUUUGUCUGGACUUAGCUACUUUACCAUCUGAGAGAACACAUUUUGACUGCUCUCAAACCAUUUACUGUAUGUAUUUUGAUAUACUUUUUUUAUAUUUAAAGCAAUAAAUCUACUGUUGGAUUGUG